AAUAGAUCUCACAGUGAAGGGCAGGCCUCAAGGGGGGAACGAAGUUGCGUGAUGAAGGAGACUAGUUCUUCCGCGACCGAUCCGAGGCAGCCGUCCGCGGCGAAGCCCUACGUCCCUCCGACCUUGUCGCCUCAGGAUCUCCCCAUCGACUAUGCUGGAUUUCUCGCCGUUAUCUUCGGCGUUCUCGGCGUUACCUUGCGGUACAAGCUUUGCUCAUGGCUGGCAAUUAUCUUUUGUGCUCAGUCUUUUGCAAACAUGAAGAGUUUUGAGAAUGAUUCUAAACAGUUGUCUAUGGCUUUCAUGUUUGGUGUUAUGGGGUUGGUUACAAACUAUUUGGGACCUCGUCCUGUGAAGAAAUCUUAGCAGUAAGAUGGUCUUUGAAUCAUUACCCCUCUGAUUUAUGGAAACUUUUUCUUUAAUUGGUUAGUAUCAAGAGAGGUUUUCAGGUUUAGAUACUAUAACAACAAGACUGGACUAUUCUGAUGCAGCUCAUGCAUUCAAACCAUAUUUCUUCUCGUAUUCAAUGUCUACGAAUAUCAUGCCAAUUCAUUUUGGAAUUGCAUUGUUAUGGUGAAAAUGUUAGUAGCAUCUCAAAUUUUCUUUUCUCAAUCUGGCUGCUGCCGUGACAUUCAUAGUCCCUGAGGGAAGUGUCUUAAAUAAAUCAAGUACCUACAAUUUAAUUUGUGCCAAAUAUGAAUGAAUGAAUUAAUGUGA